AUGGCGUUCAAGUCCUUUGCUUUGAUUUUCCUGUGCAUAUCUGUUUCAACAUUAGUUGAAGUCAGCUGCACUAGCUUCUGUCCAAGGUUUUAUGAUCCGGUGUGUGGGAAAAAUGGAGUGACUUACUCAAACGAAUGUUUCAGAAAGUGCGCGAGAGUACCAGAAGCUUGUGAAGGUCCAUGUCCUUGCAAAUAUGAACCCGAAAAACCAGACAAACCUGAAAAGCCAGAGAAACCGGAAAAGCCAGAAAAACCUGAAAAGCCAGAAAGACCCGAAAAACCUGACAGGCCAGAAUAUCCAGAAAACCCCGAUAGACCAGAUUAUCCAGAUCGCCCAAGAUGUAAGCACGGCAGGUGUAAACCAUAUAAACCAGGGGGAUACAGACCAAAAGGAUACGGACAUGUUGACUACUAAAUCAAACGAUAUUAUGAGUUUAAAAGUUAUUACCUACCCAAUGUUUAUUCUAAACAAUUGAA